GGCAGCGCGAGUAAACACGAAACUGUCCGAAGGCUGUUGCGUCACGGCGGAAAAAACAGAAUGUGGUGAUUUUGCGGUGAAUUUGGACGCAGAGAGGACACGAUUCCGACGACACACACGACGUUAGUUUACAUUUAGCGCGCCGCUCGGGGGACAACAUGGAGCUCGCGUCGGUGCGCGAAGAAGGCGGAACUGUCACGUCGUAGAGAGCAAGCGGGAGGUAACGUGUCCGUGUGCGUAAGGCCGUCGUCGCACCGAAUCAUCGCUUAAAUGACACGGCACGAUGACGCGCUCGAAGAUCCAGAAGAUGAAGUUUUUUCUGUUCCUGUUGAUCUUCCUGCUGGCACAAGCCGCGGUCAGCGAAGGAAGCUUUCGGGAGAAGAGAGACGCGCCGACGGUUGGGAGCAAGGGCAAAGUCGAGGACACCAGCGGUAAGGUCGACGAGCAGCCGGUGACGGCGCUGAACGUUCCGGGGAAGAAGGCCGCGGCCGGAGCGCCCGUUAACCUAAGGACAAGGCCGGCGGCUGACACGAGCAACAGGACGCACAACAUAACCUCGAAGCCAUCGGCACCGGACGUCGCCGCCGCUGCUGCUGCCGCCGUGAACAAGACCAUACACGUCGCAGACGCAGCCGACGAGCACUCCAACGAGGGCCACACGACCUUCAAUACCGGUGCUCUUGUGCGUGGUUUCUUAGUCUUUGUAGGACUAAGCAUCCUUGUUAUGGCCUAUAUCGUGUUCCGUAGCUUUAGGUUAAGUAAGACACGUGCCCAGAUGGUUCGAAAGUACGGUGUCCUUACGCACAGGCAGGACGUCGAGAUGCGACCACUGCCGUUGGAGGAAGAAGAUGACGAAGACACGACCGUUUUCGACGCGAGUAACGUUUUAACAAACAACGUUCAACAUCAGAACACAUAGAGCUAUUUUAUAGCGGAGCGCACCGUUCGUGCUAUUACCCAGACAGCAUAAAAUCUCCUGAGGACGUCCUGAGAACGAAGAAAUGUCCUCAGGACUUCCUCAGGACUUCCUCAGGAUAUAUUCUGGAUGUCCCCUGAACAUCUGUGCUGUUAGGGUACAUAUUGUACAUGUUAUCGGUGUAAAGUUACUCUCAACAUCGUGUGGUUUAACAAGAGAUUCUCGAUUAACUCUAUCGUGAUUUCUCUCGAAGUAGAUAAGCGAGAAACUAACAAUCGCGCGAAACAGACUUAAUAAAUUUUUCCAGCGUCUCUACUCGAAUCAAGCUAUUUGCUUAGUACAGCGAGAUGUUAACAUCAGAUACGCAUCUGUGAUGCAUUUAUCAUUGACAUAUUGUGCUUUUCAGCAAUAUAGAUGUACUUUUCCUAAAAAGAAAGAAAAAUACAAGAUAUUUCUACCAAUAUAUAUACAUUUCCACCCAAUUAAUAAAGCUAUGUGAUAACGCAGAGUCUUAUCAUCUACUGGCUGAUGUAAAAAGCUAUAUAUGUAGGCUGUAUAAAUAUGGAUGGCUAUAUCUCUACUCUUAUACGAAUUAUAAUUGAAUCUAUGUUGUUGUUAUUGAAAUUAUACAAAUAUAGACUGUCUUUAUUUUA